CACCCCGUGUUCCCCUGUGUUUGAACUCCUCCCCUCAGUUCAUGUCAGAAGGCUGGAGCAGGAAACUGCAACUUUCAACAUCUUGUUUUGACACAGCUUCAGUAUGAACUAACUCCUGAACCUCUGUGCGAGGGACAACACGAGGAUAUAUGGAGAUGGCACUGCCGAGCCGCAAGACUAGGCUUGUUAGUGAUGAAAGCUUGGAGGACUGGGAGCACGUCGGCUCUGGUGGAUUUGGUGAUGUCUACAGGGUCAGGCAUAAAGACUGGGGAGAGGAUGUGGCCAUUAAGAUACCUCGCACUGGUGUUUGCACUCCCCUCCCUCUUUCUAGUUACAAAGAGGCCAUGCUCAUGGACACGGUGUCCUUUAAAUUUGUGCUGAGGGUUUAUGGAAUUUAUCAGGGAUGUCCGCCAGGCAGCAGACCAGGUGAAAACCAAUGUGGAAUAGUGAUGGAGUACAUGAGAUGGGGGUCUGUUGAGUCCCUGCAGGAGGUCCUGUCGGGCCCUCCACCAUGGCCCCUGGCCUUCCGCCUGGCUCAUCAAGUGGCUGCAGGCAUGAACUUCCUCCAUGCAGAGAAGCUUGUGCACCAAGACCUGAAGCCAAGCAACGUACUGCUGAGUGAAUCUCUCGACGCCAGGCUAGCAGACUUUGGUCUGUCCAGGGUUUCCACCAGUGCUGUGGCCAGCAGCAGAGAGAAGACAGGAGAGGCCGGAGGCACAUACAAGUACAUGCCUCCUGAGGCUUUUAAUGCUUCAUAUCAGCCUGUCCGUGCUUUUGACAUAUACAGCUACGGUAUCCUGCUCUGGUCUAUUGUAACUGGUAAAGAGCCCUAUCCAGCGGCUACUAACUGUCUUGUGGAGUUGAAGAUCCCUUUGGGAGACAGACCUCCCAGUGAAGACCUUGAAAAGAUGGAGGUGGAGGGGUUGAAAGAGCUGGUUGACCUCAUGAAGAGAUGCUGGGAUGCGAAUCCUGACAAGAGGCCUCCAUUCAACAAGUGCCUUAAAGAAACUGAGCAAGUGUUCUCAAAGCACAAGAGGGCAAUUCAUGUUGCGGUCGAUCAAGUCUUGGAAAGACUGGACUCACCAAACGGUAAUCAUCAUUCAGAGACAAGCAUUUCAAACCCUCGUCCUCCUCCUCAGGCACCAGGUAGAUCCUUCAGUCCUGCUGUUAGUGGGUCAGAACGGUCAAUGCCAAUCGAUGAGGUGGACAUGCCAAGUCCAGUAACUCGCCAUCCUCCAACACAGGAUGUAUUCCGUUCUUCUGCUAAACACAUGACUGAUGAAGAGAAAGAAAAGUUUGUCGAUGACAAUAUGGCAACCUUAAUUCAAAAAAUUAAACUUGUCAUGAAGAUAGCAGAGGAGCUUGGCAACAUGGUCAACCCUGAAACCUACGAUAAUAUUGCAACCAAAGAGACAAAGCAGGACCAAAUGAGACUGCUUUACAGGAGCGUAUUACAUUCAGGGGGGAAGAAGGUUAAGGCAGCCUUCUAUGACGCCCUCAAAAGAAAUUAUCAGCCACUAGUGGAGGACCUCGGUGGAUUCUGAAGCAACAGUAGCCUCCCUGGAUGUUAUCACACUCAUCUCAUCUGAAGAAAUGACUAUAUUUUAGUCAUUUGUAUAUAUGCAUAUUUGUCAAUGAACAUUUCUGAUGUAUUUUUAAUAAACAUUUUUUUUCCUGUC